AUGGCGCGCAAAAUAAGCUGCGAUUGGGUGACAAGGAUUGAUAAAUAUGUAACUUUUGCACCGUUUGGUGUCGAUAUGUUGAACAUUAAAGAGCUGACAUUCCCGGGCGAUACAGUCGACUGCUGGAUGGAUAUCCAGAGAGGUCGGGGCCCAUUCGCACCCACCGUUUCUGGCAUCGUUCCCAUCGGGGAAAAAGUAACAAUUGUUAUAUACAUUAGAGACCGGGACUCGACAUUUGAUAUUCAUGUGAAGGACUGUUACGCUUAUGACAGCCCUUCGUAUAACAACCCUAAUGUGAGAGCAAUACAAUUGACAGAUUCGAGGGGCUGUGCCAUCAAAGAGAAACUCAUUAGAAGUUUCUAUCGCACGAGAGAUGUCCGCAAUUCGGGCGCCACUAUCAUAGCCUAUGGAGUCGUCAAUGCCUUCAAGUUUCCCGAAGCUAUGGAUGUUUUCCUCGCCUGUAAUGUAGAGGUUUGCAAAGGCGGGUGCGAUAGUCCCUGUCAACCAGAAGUUCAGGUGGCCGGUGGGGAAGGGGUUGACGACACGGGAGGGCCCUUCACUGCACCCCCUUUUGAUCCACAAGAGAAGCCUGAAGAAGACGAAGGGAUGAGCACUACUCCUAUGACUUCAACCACUACUCAGAAAACAAGUGAUUCUGACGACGAUUCAGAUGAUGAAGAUUCUAAGAGUGAGGGAAGUGAUGGCAAUGACAGUGAGAGCACAACCAGUGGUGGCAAUGCUAUGACAACCACAAAGACAACUGAAAUGGACAAUGAAGAUGAAGAGGACAGUGAAUCGGAGCCAACGUCCUCAACAUCGGCGCCAUCAGAGGCUACCACUGAAGAGGAAUCCGAAGAGGAUGAGGACGAACCCAAACCCACUGUCUCUACGGUUUCAGUAAACAAACGAAGAGCAAAGCUAUCCAAACGACGGAAUACCGGCGCUAAAGUCACUUCCAGACAAAGACCUAAACCUAAAGCAAAGAUCACUAAAAGAAGUAAAACAAAAAAGAGCCAAAAGUUGACCACUUCUUCGACUUCUUCGACCAACAAAAGAGCAAAGCGUUCACUACUCAUAGCAAACGGCAUAACAAACGCCACUUUCAAUGAUAUGAUUCAUUCAUUUAGUAUUAUAUCACCGCUUGAGGACAUGGAUGACCAGGACUUACAGUACGUUAAGCCCAAUUUGGCCGCCAAUAACGCCGAGUUCUCGAUCCCAGUCGAUAAGUGCGGCACAAAUACAGUGGACAUCGAUGGCGAAGACGGGACACCACCAAAACGUGGCUUCGAGAACAUCGUGGUGUUUCAGAACGACCCCACCUAUCAGGAGGUGUAUGACCAUGCUAGGAUGGUUGUCUGCAGGUAUACCCUCGAUGACGACUUCGACCUCAAAGAAAAGCGAGUUGUCUUCAGACCGGUAGUCAUCGACAUGUUAGACGUCGUCAGUAUUCCGGUCAGGGAUGCGGAUGGGGAGCAAACACGGGUCGACUGUUGGAUGGAAAUAACGAAAGGAAGGUUUCCGCAGACGAGUCCUAUUGAUAGCGCCGUCAAAGUGGGCAGUCCUUUGACUUUAGCUAUCUUUGUGAGAGACCCUCGAAAGAGAACCGACUUACGGGUCAAGGAUUGCUACGCUUACGACGACCCGCAAGUGGCUGAGAGUAACGGACCCGCGCUCCUACAGUUGACUGACUUUGACGGCUGUCCCACAAAACCCAAAUUAAUUGAAGUUUGGCGGCGAACCCACGACGCCGGUCCUACCGGUGCUACGAUUAUCGCCUUCACCACCGUCACU